AUGAAUUUAUAAAUUGGACUAAAAGUCGCUGCUCAAACUGAUAAAAAUAGUUAAUUGUUAGAUUUUUUUAUUUUAUUUUUAAGUCUUCUGUGUUAUUUUUAGACGAGAAUGUAAGCCUGUCAUGGCGCCCCCCUCUUUCGCGGAUGGUACAGUCUCGGUUCAUUCAUAAAAUUCAAGCGGAGCAUAAAAGGAGGGGCUUGCAUUCUAGUCAUUCAGUAACCAGGUAUACACCUGGAGAAAAGACCUCACUCUCUCAACCCAAACGGACGUCCGGCGUCAUAUUUGUCCAGCGUGGUAUUGUUUUUGUCUUUUUGUUUGUUUGUUGUUUUUUUCCCCUCCUCCCCCCUGCAUGCGUGAUGUAUAAUAAUCUAACGCCUGAUAUGGAUGCAGCCCCCUCCAGCUUGCGGACAGAGUCUCCAGUCGGGACACUCUGCCAGAAAACGCCAGAAGAGGCCAGCUCUCCAGCUUCAUCCGAGAGCAACGCGCAGGAGGUUUGCCAAGACGCCCCUCAAGACACUGCAUUUGUCCCUACAGUCACAGCAAUAUCGUCUACCCCAGAUUUCCAGUGGAUGGUCCAGCCUACGAUUAUUACUUCUGUCUCCCUGUCUCUGGGUAGGAAGCAAGCCAAUGAACCGCAAAGCUCUCGCCAGGCAACACCCAAAGCAGGCGGGAAUAAGGGAAAAAAUGCUGCCAGGAAGGGGAAAGCAGAGCAGCUUUCCCCAGAAGAGGAGGAGAAAAAAAGGAUAAGAAGGGAGAGGAAUAAAAUGGCUGCAGCAAAGUGUCGCAACAGAAGGAGAGAGCUCACAGACACACUUCAAGCUGAGACGGACAAGCUGGAGGAGGAAAAAACAGCCCUGGAGGCAGAAAUAGCCAAUCUGCUCAAAGAGAAAGAGCGCCUUGAGUUUGUCCUUGCUUCACAUAAACCAGUUUGCCAGAUGCCAGAAGAGCUCGAGUCCAUUUUUCAGGAGCCAGCAGGGUCCUUGGAGCUACUGCCCAGUCCAGAUGAGGACAGACUUCCAGGGGACGACAUCCAGGAAGCACCCUCACUCCCAGACUUGGACUUCCCCAACGAUCCAUCCACAGCUAUCUCUGGGAACUCUAACAUCUUACUGUGUGCCAGCGCCGAGAUCAACAUCUGCGAUCUUGAGCCGUCUCUGGACAUUAAGGAUGGACUUCUGGACAACAUGUUACCCAGUUUGGAGGAGAAAGCCUCCACGGAGACGGCUCGAUCAGUGCCAGACAUAGAUUUGAGCAAUUCUCUAGGGGUGUCGGACUGGGAGACCCUGUAUAAGUCCGUUUCCAGUGACCUGGAGCCUCUCAGCACCCCUGUAGUGACGUCUACUCCCACCCGCAGUAGCUACCUGUCUGUGUUCACCUUUGCCUGUCCCGAGCUGGACUCUCUGGCAGAGGGACUGGACAAUCUCAAAGGUGCAGGAAGCAAGGCCGAAUCCGUAGACAUACUCAACUCCCCAACUCUUCUGGCCUUAUAAUGGACAAGAGAUGAGUUCAAACCCAGAACUUUGACAUGAAAUCUGCAACGUAUGCCCCUUAUGCUGUAACAAGAGUUCAUGAAAUGUCUCGUGUGACUAAACAAGCAGAAAUGUUCUCCAGAUGCUCAGCCAACAGAGCGGUGUAGCUAAAAGCAUGGCUUUUCACUUACCAGGAGAGACUUGAUUAUAACGCGCAUGCAAGCGGUUUUUCAGAGCUCACAUAUAUCCGAUCUGUUACUCGAUCUACAGUGUAUCGUGGCAGUCGAAGUGUUCCAGUACGGUUUUGUGUUCUUUGGUGUCGGUAGUGUAUCGAUUGCUGUAAACCACGUAUUUACUCAUCCACUCAUGUGUUCAGUAUACCUGCAUACCUCAAACGUCAUCAACUGUGGAUUGAUCUCAUUGUUCAAAUGUUGACAGUUUUCCAUGAAAACAUCCAGUGCUAUAUAGUAAAUAUAAAUCUUAUUAAGAUGUAACUUAUUAUUUAUUUUUUUACCUUUCAGAUUUGUUAAAAAAUGAAAAUACAAGCAUUGAUUUUAGGGCUGGGUGUCACUGCCAAAAUCCACAAUAACACUACCCUUAGCAGAAAGUAGUACACUUGAAAUCUAUUUUAUUAAGUAUGCUUUAGUAUAAGUAUAGCAAGUACACUAUGAUAUGUAGUGUCGGUAACUGAAUACUUCCUUAAACUAAAUUGGAACAUCUUAAAUUAUGAUACACAGUCUAUGAAAAUAAAAACUUCAAGUAUACUGCCUCACUUUUAGCAUAAGUAUACUUGUAGUACACUAAAAUAAACUACUUUUUGCUAUGGAUUCACUUUUUUGAAUUUGUCACUUUUAUUUUAUUUUCCCACAGUUUUAACCAAACUAAAGCUUGACUAUUCGUUUAUUUAUUAAGUUGGGAAUAAUAUCAUUAAAGAACAAUAAAAGAGUUGUUUUUGAUUGGAAAAAAAUGUUAUAAAUAACAAGAGGGUUUCUGAUGAAUUGAUGUGUGAAUUGAUAGUGAAGAUCACUUCAUAAUUUUAUCUUUUAAAGCCCAGGCAUAAUUGAUUAUAUCCAUGCUGGUGAACAAUAUCAAUAAAUUCUUCAAACUCUUCAUUGUGGCUUAUAGAUUUGAUCAUUUCUUGUUAAAUUAUUAUUAAAUGUUUUUGUGUAUAAUAACCAAUGUGAAGUAAUCUAGUAGAAACCAUCAGUUUACCUGAUAUAGAUUUGAAUCUCACUCCAUUGAUAUUUUAAUCCAUGGGUUCCCAGAGGUCUUAAUUUUGAUUGAUCGCUUUUUGGCAAAAAAAAAAAAAAAA